AUGGUAUUAGACGAGCAUUUCGAUAUGUGCUUGCCCAUCCUGCAGGAUGCCAGCCUUGAGGAUGAGGACAAGACAGACAGAAUCGAGGAGCUAUUCAGAAAAGAGACCAACCUGGUUGGCAACUCUCUGGACAACGCCAUUCUCGAUGUCAUGUGGCGAUGGCGUGAAUGCGGAGGAACCUCGACAUCACCGCCUCCCAUCCGCCAGACCAUCCUGCGGCGGCCCUCUCCGGCCUCCUGGAGGGGCGGAACUCCGUUGUCAGGCUCUCCCCGGCUGGCAGUCAGCCCUCUCGCGCCGCCUGGGUACAUCCCCGCUACCUUUGGCAGGACCAAGUCGGUCACGGCCUCUCCCUUUGGGUCGCCACGGGCGUCUCCUCGCCUGGCCCUUGCAACUCCCGUGAUCCCCCACAGCCCAAAUCUCAAUGCAUAUGAAUUUGCCAGCGACCCCACCCCCGCCCCUGAGAUCUUGGGGGAAUACCAGAUCGAGAACGUCGACUGGCUGGUCAACGAUGACACCAUUAGCCUCUCGUCGUCUGUGGGCACCACCAAGAGCCUCAAUGCCGCCGCUCCCGAGUUUUCGUCCAUGUCCUCGCAGCAAAUCGACAUGUCGCCCUACGACAUACUCAGGUCUAUCCUGGGCCCCACGAGGACGGAUGAUGAGAUAGAGUCUGCCCUUGCCGCUCACAACUAUGACCUGAGCGCAACCAUUACAUCCAUCAUGGAGAUUCCGCAAGACGGCGGUGUGCGACUUGACGAGCCCAAGAAUGUCCUCAUUGGCAAGUCGAUAUCUGCAGAAGGCCGCCCGUCCACCCCGGUGAACAACAGCAAGGCGGGCGUCAUCUGCAAGUUUUACAUGUCGACUGGGCAGUGUUUGCGCGCGGACUGCCGGUUCAGCCAUGACCUCAGCAACCAUCUGUGCAAAUAUUGGAUCAUGGGCAAUUGCCUGGCCGGUGAGACGUGCAUCUUCUCGCACGACCCAUCCAAGCUCGUCAGCAAGAUGUCUCUGGACAGUGGUGCAAACACCCCCACCCGGAGCAAUAGCAGCCUGAUGCUUCAGGACAUGAAUUCUUUCCCCUCUCUACAGUCUGGCGACUCUGAUCACCAGGGGGGUUUUGCAGGCAGUCCCAACAAUUUUGCCUUUGGAAUAGGUGCAUCGCCUAGCUUGCGGUCCCUGCGGGCAGAGAGCCCACGGCCGAGGUCACGACCCGGGAGCCGCCAUCAGGCGAAAGAGAACCAUGCCGUCGCCCCAGCCCUCGAUGACAACGAGGCCUUCCCGACGCUUGGCGCGGCGAUUGCAAAGCAAGGGAAGAAGCAUCAUGGCAAGCGAGGUGGGCAUGGCCACAAGGAAAACGGCGCUCCGAGCUCCUUGGCGGACAUUGUCAAGAUGAACCCACCUGCCUCGCCAAGGCUGGAGAUGCGCAAGCCCGUCACCAACGGCAACAGCGCAGCCAGAGAUGGCGAGAACAGCGCCGCAGCGCUAGCGAUUCCAAGCCCCAAGCACAUUCCAUGGCUUGAAACCGGUGAGCUGGCCAACAAGGCUUAUCUCAAAGCCCGCCAGGAUGCCAUCAAGCACGGUGGCCUCAGAAACAAGUUUCUGCAAAGCGCUGCUCAGGCAUGGAAUCGCAACGACGCCCGGGCUGCCAAGGCUCUCAGUCUCCGCGGCCAGAGCGAGAAUGACCUGAUGCGAAAGGCCCAUAGAGAGGCCGCGCGCGAGCUUUACGAGGAGCGAAACAAAAACCUGGACUCCACGGCGGAAAUCUACGUCGAUCUUCACGGCCUUCACGCGGAAGAGGCCGUAGAGUACCUAGAAAAGGUGCUUCUGGAGAACGAAAAGGGCGGCAGACCCAUCUACGCCAUCACCGGCACCGGCCACCACAGUAAGAACGGCAAGGACAAGGUGGGAAAGGCGAUCCGCGCGUUCUUGAACGAGUGGCGAUAUGCGUACCGAGAGUUUUCCGUGCCGGGAGACCGCAACAACAUGGGCGGUAUCCUGGGAAUAGACGCCAGCAGCUGGGACAAGUCGCUUGCUAGAGAGGGAGCCGACGAAGACAAGUCUGCGGGUGACAUUCUCAGCCAAGGCGUCGAGAUUGGCGAUGGCAAGGUCAGGCUGCUCGUCAGGGAGCCUCCCAAGGGCCCAGGCCGCCGAUGA